AUGCUGGGAACCACCAGCGUCUUCGCAUGUCUGCUGGCUCUGGGCGCCGCUCAGAGUUACCUCCCUCAGCUCCCUCAACCAGUCUACUUCCCCCUGCGCCCUCCAGCGCUGCCAUUGGCGGUGCGCGGGCCGUAUACCAGCGCCUGGACGUCGACAGCCGGCAACGGGACAUUGAACACCGCGGGAGCGUCUUUCUGGACGGGCGAUUCUCUGGGCUGGGAGGGUAUCGUGACCGUCGAUGGAAUCUCCUACGAAUACCUUGGAACCGGCUCCCAGAGUCUCCCUGAGCUGCCUAACUUCAAGAGCGCAACGCCUCUUAGCGUGCGCUACGAUUCGCAGUAUUCAAACUUCACCUUUUCAGCUGGGCCGGUGGAAGUCACCGCCAGCUUUUUCUCGCCUGUUAUCCCCAAAGAUCUCUGCCGGACCAGCAUCCCACUCAGCUACCUGAUCACGUCGGUGAAGUCGACCGACGGCGCCGCCCACGACGUGAAAUUGUACAGCGAUGUCAACGCCGCCUGGAUCACGUACGAGUACAACAAGACGGUGACGUGGAGUCUUCACGAGAGUGGGAUCAGCAAGCCGGUGAACGGCUCCAAUGCGACCAUCACCGCUCCGUCCAUCUUCAGCUGGUUGCUGCAGCUGAAGGACUCGUAUACCUUCGCCGAGAACAACCAGUUCCCUGAAUGGGGCAAUUUCACAUACUCCUCCAGCGAGGGCAGUGCGCGCAACUUCAGCUUCGAGAGCGGCUUCUCCGGCAACUUGCGGUACAAGUUCAUCAACAGGCACGGCCUGUCCAACAUCGUCGAUAGCGACUACAGAGGCGCCGGUGAGCGCGAGCCUGCCUUUGCGUUUGCGCACGAUCUGGGCUCGGUGCGGACGGGCUCUGUCGUCUACACGAUUGGGACCAUCCAGCAGCCCGCCAUGCGAUAUCUCACGUCGUCUGGUCUGACAGCGCUGCAACCGUGGUGGACGAAGUGCUACGGGGACAUCUAUCAGUUGAUCCAGUUCCACUACAAAGAUCUCAAGACGAGCCAGGCCCUGGGCGCCGCUUUCGAAGCGCAGCUGAAGGCCGAUAUCAACCAGCUCUACGGAGUCAGUGGCAAUGGCUCCUUGUCGAGCAAGGCAGGUUAUAUCGGAACUCUGUCAGCGCCAUGGAUGUAUACCAACACCAGUCGCGGUACAGACCAGUUUGGCAAUCAAUACGUCUUUGACAGCCGCAACGCUUACGGCUUCCUCGAUCCGCACACGUAUGAAGGCAUCGCCAUUCCGGACGUCAGCGAAGCGGCCUCGUACUACUCCAUUGUGGCGCUCUCUGCACGGCAAAUCAUGGGCGCGUAUGUGCUGACAGUCUCGCCGCACAGUUCGGACCCUCUCAUGUUCCAGAAGGAGAUCUCUUCCGACGGCAACGUCAACACGGUCGAUGUCAUGUACCCGGCGAUGCCGUUCUUCCUAUACGCCAACCCUGCCCUGUUGAAAUACAACCUGGACCCGCUGUUCCAGAACCAAGAGGGCGGCUUCUACCCGAAUGGAUACAGCAUGCAUGACCUGGGCACCAACUUCCCCAACGCGACGGGGCACGUCGAGGGCAACGACGAGUACAUGCCGGUGGAGGAGAGCGGCAACAUGAUCCUGAUGACGCUGGCUUAUUCGCAGUUUGCCGGUGACAAGGGCUAUCUGAGUCAGCACUAUAACCAGAUGCAUCAGUGGGCGAAAUACCUGCUGGAGUUUAGCCUUAUUCCGGAGACGCAGUUGAGCACAGAUGACUUUGCCGGCCAGCUCGUCAACCAGACCAACUUGGCCGUCAAGGGGAUCGUCGCCAUCGGCGCCAUGGCUGAGAUUGCGAAAACCGUGGGCGCGUCGUCUGACGCAGCCAACUUCUCCGCCACGGCUACCAAGUACAUCAACAAGUGGGAGAAAUUCGCGGUAGACCCGUCGGAGAAGCACACGCUGCUGGCGUACGAAUGGCGGUCGUCGUGGGGGCUGCUGUACAACAUCUACCCGGACAAGCUGCUAGGCCUGGGCGUCGUGCCGGCGCAUAUCUACGAGAUGCAAUCGAACUGGUACCCGCAGGUAUCGCAGAUCUUCGGCGUCCCACUCGACAGCCGCCACUUCUACACCAAGAGCGACUGGGAGAUGUGGACGGCGGCGACAUGCGAGCCCGCAACGCGCCGGCUGUUCGUCGACGCCAUCGCGUACUGGCUGAACGAGACGACUACCUCUCUGGCAUUUACGGAUCUGUACGACACGGUGGGCACGGGCGAUUAUCCGAAUGAUGACAGUGGCAAUCCGAUCCAGUUUAUUGCGCGGCCGGUGCAGGGAGGGCAGUUUGCGUUGUUGGCGCUGGCGAAGAAGCCGAAUUCGACAUAG